AUGACAGAACUCUUAAGAAGUGUUGUCACCAUCAUCGACAUUUUCUACAAAUACACCAAGCAAGAUGAGGAGUGUGGCACACUGAGCAAGGAUGAGCUAAAGGAACUUCUGGAGAAAGAGUUUCGCCCAAUUCUGAAGAACCCAGAUGAUCCAGAUACAGUGGAUGUCAUCAUGCAUAUGCUGGAUCGAGAUCAUGACCGAAGACUAGACUUUACUGAGUUUCUUCUGAUGGUAUUCAAGCUGGCUAUGGCCUGCAACAAGGUUCUCAGCAAAGAAUAUUGCAAAGCUUCAGGGUCAAAGAAGCGUAGGCGUGGUCACCAACAUCAAAAAGAAGAAAGUGAAACAGAAGAAGAGUCUCCAGGACCAAAAUCAGGUUACAGACAUUCAAGUUGGAGUGAGGGAGAAGAGCAGGGAUAUAGUUCUAGGGGGUCAAGGGGAACUGGGAAACAUAGAUAUGGGUCCAACUCCAGGAGGCUGGGAAGACAAAGUGAAUUACCCAGCUCAGAAGGAUCUGAGAAAAGUCACUACAGGUCUCAGUCUGGUCACUCCUGGAGUAGUGGCAAAGACAGACAUGGUUUCAGGUCUGGAGAGACAGGAGAAAGAAGAAACAAGUCACAUAGUCCCUCUAGGGAAUCUGGGGAAGAAUAUGAAUCUGGAUCUAAAUCAAGCAGUCAGGGGCAGAAAGGUCUGUCACAAGGACUAAAAACUAGUGAACACAAAUCAAACUCUUCUCAAUCAAAAAAAAGUGGAGGUCAAAAGCAUGAGUCUAGCUCUACAAGUUCUGGAAACUGUGGGAGACAAAGUCAUGCAUGUAGUUAUGACAAUUCAGGUGGGUGUGGAAGGCCACAAAAUACUUCUAGUUCUUGUCAGGCAGGUGGAUUUAGAGGGCAAGCAAAUCAAUCUAGCUGUACCCAGUCAUGCUGUCAAUCAGGAGGCCAUCAGAGACAAGGUUAUGGAUGUGUCUCAGGAGGUCAGUCCUCUGGUUGCUGCCAACCACAGCCUAGUUCCUGUAGCCAGUCCUCUGGUCAGAGAGGCCAUGGAUCUAGACAAUGUGGUCAGCCACAGAGCUGUGGAAGACAACAGGGAAGAAGCUCAAGUCAGUCCUCUUGCUGUGGACAACAUGGGUCUGGAGCAAGUCAGUCUUCUAGUUAUGGCCCACAUAGAUCUGGUUCCUGUAGAGACUCUUCAAACUGUCAUCAAAAAGGGUCUAGUUCAAAUGAAUUUUCCAAAUGCAGUCAGUAUGGAUCUGGUUCAGGUUAUGAACAACCGAAAACAGGUUCAAGUAAGUCCUCUGGCUUUGGACAGCAUGGGUCUGGUUCAGGUCAGUCUUGCUGUGGACAGCAUGGAUAUGCAUCAAGCCAAUCCUCUGGCUAUGGUCAACAUGGGUGUAGCUCAGGGCAGUCCUCUGGCUUUGGACAGCAUGGGCCUGGUUCAGGUCAGUCUUGCUGUGGACAGCAAGGAUAUGCAUCAAGCCAAUCCUCUGGCUAUGGUCAACAUGGGUGUAGCUCAGGGCAGUCCUCUGGCUUUGGACAGCAUGGAUCUAGCCCUAGUCAGUCAACUGGAUUUGGCCAGCAUGGAUCUAGCUCUGGUCAGUCCUCUGGCCUUGGCCAGCAUGGGUCUAGCUCUGGUCAGUCCUCUGGCCUUGGCCAGCAUGGGUCUAGCUCUGGUCAGUCCUCUGGUUUUGGCCAGCAUGGGUCUAGCUCUGGUCAGUCCUCUGGUUUUGGCCAGCAUGGGUCUAGCUCUGGUCAGUCCUCUGGUUUUGGCCAGCAUGGGUCUAGCUCUGGUCAGUCCUCUGGUUUUGGCCAGCAUGGGUCUGGCUCAGGACAGUCCUCUGGCCUUGGCUGGCAUAGGUCUAGCUCGGGUCAGUCCUCUGGAGUUGGGCAACAAGGAUCUAGCACCAGUCAGUCCUCUGGUUUUGGCCAGCAUGGAUCUAGCUCUGGUCAGUCCUCUGGUCUUGGCCAGCAUGGGUCUAGCUCUGGUCAGUCCUCUGGUCUUGGCCAGCAUGGGUCUAGCUCUGGUCAGUCCUCUGGCCUUGGUCAGCAUGGGUCUAGCUCUGGUCAGUCCUCUGGUCUUGGCCAGCAUGGGUCUAGCUCUGGUCAGUCCUCUGGCCUUGGCCAGCAUGGGUCUAGCUCUGGUCAGUCCUCUGGCUUUGGCCAGCAUGGGUCUAGCUCUGGUCAGUCCUCUGGCCUUGGGCAGCAUGGGUCUAGCUCUGGUCAGUCCUCUGGUUUUGGCCAGCAUGGGUCUAGCUCUGGUCAGUCCUCUGGCCUUGGCCAGCAUGGGUCUAGCUCUAGUCAGUCCUCUGGCCUUGGCCAGCAUGGGUCUAGCUCUGGUCAGUCCUUGGCCAGCAUGGGUCUAGCUCUGGUCAGUCCUCUGGUUUUGGCCAGCAUGGGUCUAGCUCUGGUCAGUCCUCUGGUUUUGGCCAGCAUGGGUCUAACUCUGGUCAGUCCUCUGGUUUUGGCCAGCAUGGGUCUAACUCUGGUCAGUCCUCUGGCCUUGGCUGGCAUGGGUCUAGCUCGGGUCAGUCUGCUGGAGUUGGGCAACAAGGAUCUAGCACCAAUCAGUCCCCUAGUUUUGGCCAGCAUGGGUCUAGCUCUGGUCAGUCCUCUGGCCUUGGCCAGCAUGGGUCUAGCUCUAGUCAGUCAUCUGGAUUUGGGCAGCAUGGCUCUGGCUCCGGGCACCAUGGUUCAGGCUCUGGACAGUAUUCUGGAUUCGGUGAACAAGGGACUGGAUCUAACUAUGGUCAGCAUGGGGGGUCAUCAAAAAAGAAGGCAGGAUUCCUGCCACAAAAACAACAGAGAAUACCUCAUGGACAAGCAAAAGACACAACAAAGGCGCCUGAGACAAGGCAUGGACAGGUUCCAGAGUCUCAAUCAGGCAGAGCUCCUAGGAGAACACCCCUGCACAGUGAGUCUUCUGACAGUGAAGAGCAAUCAAGUUUCUCACACCAUCAGGGUGGUUCCCCUCAGGGCCAGGGUCAACCUAAAGGUCAACAGUCCCCAUCUGCUGGACAAAAAAGAGAGCAAGCUCCUCAUGGCCAGUCGAGAGAUGCCGGGGGACAGAGCCAACAGCCGCAUGAACGACCCCAACAUUCUGGCUCCAGUCCAUCCCCUAGAAGGUCACAUCCUCACAGCCAAUCAAGUGACACAGAGGAACAUUCAGAAUUCUCACACCAUCAGGGAAGAUCCCCCCAGGGCCAGGGUCAACCUCAAGGUCAACAGUCCCCAUCUGCUAGGCAAGGAAGACAGCAAGGUGCUCAUGACCAGUCAAGAGAUGCCGGGAGACAGAGCCAGCAGCCUCAUAGACAACCCCAACAGUCCGGUUCCAGACCAUCUCCUAGAAGGGCACCUCCUCACAGCCAGUCAAGUGAUAGAGAAGGACAUUCACGAUUCUCACACACACAAUCAGAAUCCACUCAGGACCAAGGAGGAUCUCCACAGAGAGGGUCUGGACCCACACAACAACGCAGGCAGGGAGCUCCUCAUGGACAGGCCAGAGAUACCUCAAGACAGCCCCAAUCUGGGCAUGGCCAGGCUCCAGAGUCUCAUCCCAGAAGAGCCCCCAGGGGAACACCCCUGCACAGUGAGUCUUCUGACAGUGAAGAGCAAUCAAGUUCCUCACACCAUCAGGGAAGAUCUCCUCAAGGCCAGGGUCAACCUCAAGGUCAACAGUCCCCAUCUGCUAGGCAAGGAAGACAGCAAGCUCCUCACGGUCAGUCAAGAGAUGCCGGGAGACAGGGCCAGCAGCCACAUGGUCAACCCCAACAAGUAUGACUAUGGCCAGUCUGGGUUUGGACCUUCUGGUGGCAGCAGAAAUAGUAGCCGUAAUCCUAGCCCUUUGAGAUCAUCAGAUAGAGGUGCAAAUACACAAAAGUCUGGGCAUACCCAAUCUUUUUCUUUAUCUGACAGUGCAGCUUCAGAAUCAUCUGAAUUAACAGGAAGGUUAGUUCCAACAUAUGAGCAUUCAGAAAUAUAUCAUGGUCAUUCAUUUGAUUCCCAGAAUCAGCUUGAAUCUAGUAUAGUUCAAAGGCAAAUUUCCAGUCACGUUUUUUCUGUAGUUCCUCCUAGAGAGCUGAAUGACACUGAGGAACACAAUCUUACCAGAAAUCAGCAGUCUACUCAUAGCCUGUCAAGUGACUACUUUGAAUCUGGUCAUAGGCCAUCCAUAGCACAUCAUGGACAUUCAGAAUCUACUUCAACUAGAAAAAAGUGUGGCUUUAGUACUAAUGAGAGGCAAGGAUAUAGCUGUGAUCAACAAAGUGAUAGUUAUGAGAUAUCACGUGAGAAGAAGAGUCAAGGAUCCUCUUCUAUUCACUUUCUUUAUAAUGAAGACCCUAUGGAAAAUGAAGAGUACAAGAAUAUGUAUUUAUCUAGGAGUGCAACUACAUUUGGUGAAAAAAGCCAAAGGAAAGAAUUAGGAUUUAAUGCAGCAGGGAGAAUGGUUCAGCACGUAGACAAGCAGGCGAGAGGUUCUGAGACCAGAGGUUUCUAUGGAAUAACUGUAGAUUUCGACAUGUCAGAGGAACUGCUGCCUUUGGGAGCCAUCAAUGAUAAAGAAGUCAACAUCAUCAUCAACCAUGAGAGGCCAGCAAAAGAUAACAAGAUCGAAACAAUGAGCAAAGAAGAGCUGAAGGAGCUACUGGAAAAGGAAUUUCGAGCAAUCCUAAGGAACCCAGAUGACCCUGACACUGCUGACGUAUUCAUGCAAAUCCUGGAUGUAGACCACAAUGAUGAAAUCGAUUUCACGGAAUUUUUGUUGAUGGUACUUAAGUUGGCUCAAGCAUAUUAUGACUCCACAAAGAAGGGGAAUCUGAAAACAGCAGGAUUAAAGCACAGGAGGCAUACUCACAAGAAGGAAGAGGCUGAAGAAGAAACUGACGAUGAAGAAGAAGGAACAUUCAGAAGAAGAACAUCCAGUCAAUCAACAAGCAAUGAGAGAAAAGUGAGAAGGAAACCAUCAAGGAGUCCAAGCGGGAAAGGAGGCAGACAUGGAACAAGCUCAGACAGACAGGGAGGAAAAAGCCAGAGAGGAAAAGGAGAACUUCAUAAAAGUCAACAAGACUCAACCAGAAAGGAAAAGAGAAGGUCUCACUCUAAUGACAGCAGAAACAGAAAACACAAGAAGAGUAGGAACCAAACACAUGACAGAGAUGAAAACGAAAAUGUCUAUGCAGAAUGGCAAGAACCAUAUUAUACUGAUUCAUACUACACAGAGGAAGAAGAGGAACAAUUGGGAUCUAGAGCAGAAAAACCUCAAAGUUAUAGGGGGCAACUAGACAACUCUGCUGACAGGCAGCCCGGCUCUUCCCAGCGACAGGCAAGACAUAGCCCCAGGGGACCACAAGAAUCCCACCACAGAGAACAGUCCGGAGACAGGCCCGGACACCCCCGCGAUAGACCUGUACAGUCUCCAUCCCGGCCCGAACGACACCACCAGCCCAGCGUAAGCCAGGACAGUGAAAGCGAGGGACACCCCGAAGAUUCUGCCAGACGACCCUCAUCAGCGCCGGCUAGGUCCGGUCCCAGCACCAGGCAACCACACAGACCCAGCGCUGGCCAGACCCCAGACAGAGUUAGGCACUCAGGGUCCCACAACCGACAGCCAGAGGCCCACGAGCAGCCUGAUGGCGCUCCAGGACAGCCUGGAUCCCGCAGGAGAGAACAGCAGGCCAGCAGACCCCGGCAGGAAGCAGACAGCCACAGACAACCCGGUGCUGGACACAGACACCCAGCCCCAGAGCCCCGGGAGCACAGGCGCCAAGGGUCCAGCUUCAGCCAGGCCAGUGACAGUGAGGGACACUCAGAAGACUCAGAAGGUCACUCACUGUCAGCCCAGCAUGGCUCAGGGGCCUCUCGGGGCCACUGCCAGCAGGCCACGCAAGCCCGGUCCGGGGAGAGGUCCGAAAACUCAGGGCCCUACCUCUACCACACUUACUAUGAUGAGCACAGUGACUCGGCCCCCAGGCAGCACCGGUCUGCCACUCCAGCAGCUCGGGAAUCUCACCGAGAGCAGGCCAGGGACGGCUCCAGACACCACGACUCUCAGGAAAGUCACCGCUUCCCCGGCACAGCUCGGGAAUCUCACCGAGAGCAGGCCAGGGACGGCUCCAGACACCACGACUCUCAGGAAAGUCACCGCUUCCCCGGCAGUGAGGCUGAGGCUUCCCAAAGGAGGCCCCGGGCCAGCAGUCAGGCAGGUCCGAGAUCAGGCCACGAGCAGGCCCAGGACAGCGAGAGACGCUCAGGGUCCCGUCAACACCACGAAGACUCCCGGGCCCGCUCCGAGUCCGCUCAGGGUCGCCCAGGAUCCAGAGGGGCAAGCUCACCGAGAUCUGGCAGGGACCAGUCUAGAGACAGUGCCCUUCAUAGCCAGGAAAGUGAGAAGUCUGGGAACCCUCCAGGCAGGGAUUUCUCUACAGGUGUUAAUGAAGAUAGUGAAGGUAGUGUACAUUCUUACUCUGAAGUUGAACAGCCUUUGUCUAGGUCAGGACAUCGUUUUCUUAGUAUCCAUGGUCAGUCCAGUGUAGGAUGGAAACAUGGCAGCUAUGGUAGUGCAGAUUAUGAGUAUGGCCGCUCAGGCUUUGGAAAAUCCAAUUCUGGACAUGUCUUUCCCACUGCUUGUCCUUUAGAUGUUGACAUUGUAGGUAAUUCCAAGAAAGGACCCAAAUUUGGAAGUGAACACAUGAGAACUAAUAUGUCAGUUAAAAUCAUCACCUUUUUGGGAGUUGUUGCCCUUAAGAUGACUACCAUAAGUGCCCUCCACCCUUCUACAGAUCUCCAAGAAGAAGCUUCUCUCGUGGCUGAAGGAGGUUCUUUUCCAGAGACAGAAGAAAAGAGAGAACUACCACAGAGAGAAACGACAAGCCUUCCUGAUUCUUGUUUAGGUCUUGUAGAUUAUAUAGAUUAA